AGCAGAGUGCCCCAGCUCCCGCGGAGGAGGCUGUGGGCGGCGCGCCCGGACAGGGACCCUGCAGCUCCAGGUAGACGCAGGGAGCGCGGGACUCGCCCCCUGGCAGGGUGAGGCAGGGCCGGACCCUUUGCUCUCUGCUGCUCUCCGGGACUCCAGCCGCACCCGUGAGAAGAGGCAGUACGGGAGCAAAGACCAAGGAGCGGCGGGAGUUGAACUUGUCAAAUUAAUGUCUACAGUGAUAUGUAUGAAGCAAAGGGAAGAAGAAUUCUUGCUAACCAUCAGACCUUUUACAAACAGGAUGCAGAAAUCCCCUUGCUACAUUCCCAUUGUGAGCCGUGCCACCCUGUGGGAUAGAAGCACACCCAGUGCAAAGCACAUCCCUCAUUAUGAAAGAACUGCAGUACCCUGCUCCAGAUUCAUUAAUCACAUGAAGAAUUUCUCUGAAUCUCCUAAAUUUCGUGGUCUACACUUUCUGAAUUUUCCAGGACCAUUUCACUGACCUGAAAGGAUAUAUUUAAAUGUACCUGUCCAAUUUACUACCUAAGAGAUAAUGAAGUUUUUAGGACAACUGAUAAAGCAGUAUUUCCAGAAAGGACUCAAAGUUCAAUGUCGUGUAAAAGACUACUUCGUACUUGCCAGUACAUAGUCCCCAGGUCUUCUGUAAGCACAGUUUCUUUUGAUGAAGAAAGCUAUGAAGAACUCCAUUCCUCUCCAGCACCAUCCAGUGAAACUGAUGAGGCCCCAUUGAUUUUCACUGCCAGAGGAGAAACUGAGGAGAGAGCCAGAGGAGCACCCAAGCAGGCUUGGAACUGUUCAUUUUUGGAACAACUGGUAAAAAAGCCUAAUUGGGCACACUCAGUAAAUCCUGUUCACCUGGAGGCCCAAGGCAUACACAUCAACAGACACACAAGACCUAAGGGCCAGCCCUCGAGCAAUCCCAAGAAAAAUUCUGGUUCUGCCGCCAGACCUUCCACUGCCAUCGGCCUCUGCAGGAGGAGCCAGACCCCCUGCGCCCUGCAGAGCGCCGGCCGGAGUAACACAGAGCUGGAGCGGGAGGAGAGGAUGGCAGUCCCAGCAGGCGCUCAGGCACACCCCGACAUCCAAAGCAGACUCCUGGGCGCGUCCGGAAAUCCCCUUCGAAGAGGCGCGGUUGCCAUGGCGCCGGAGAUGCUCCCCAAGCAUCCUCAUACCCCGCGGGACAGGAGGCCUCAGGCGGACGCCUCCCUCCAUGGCAAUCUGGCAGGAGCGCCCCUUCCUCUGCUGGCCGGUGCUUCCACCCAUUUCCCCUCCAAGAGGUUAAUAAAGGUUUGCUCCUCAGCACCCCCCCGCCCAACCCGGCGUUUCCAUACGGUUUGUUCACAGGCCCUUUCUAGGCCGGUGGUGAAUGCUCACUUACAUUGACCGCUGCGAGGGAAUUGUUCGGCGAGUGCUGCCCAUCUUCAAAUCAAUGCCUGCUCAGAACAACAGAAAGGGCCUCAGAUGUACUGGUUUCCACAGAACCAUUGUUAGGCUUUUGUGAAGCAUUUUUGAACCUAAUAAAUAAUGUCAAAAGUC